AUGAGCAGCCCACGACGAAAGCGCCACAUCCACCUUGACGACGCCAACAACAGUAGUGAUGAUGAUCGAAAGCCACCGGCAAAGAAGAAGAAGAAAUCGUCCAAGAAGAGUAGUAAUGGCCAGCAACAACAAGAUUUGCCCGAUUUCUUUUCGGUGGAUCUCGUCGCGACCAAAAUCUUUAGUUUCCUCGACACCAAGGAGCUGUAUGCCAUGAGCAAAACGUCCAAGUACGUGCGGUGCUUGAUCCGCCACGAGCACGUGGUGCGUUCCGCUCUGAUGCAUGGUGGACACGCGCAGCAGUCCAUGACCAACUUGGUCGAGUUGGUCCGGCAUUGCAGCAUUUGGACUCCGACCGCCUUGCGUCUUUUGCGAUUGUGCAAUGGCAGACGCUGUGAACAUUGCAAUGCCGCUCGCGUCAAUUGCGUCAAUAAGGAUUAUGGCUUGUUCUUGUGCUGGAACAACUGCAUCACGUCCAACCAUUUCUCGAAAAAAGUGGGCAUGAACAAAAAGUGGAAGCCCCUGGUAACUCAUGAUCGUUGUGCCGCAGCCACGUAUUCGUCCACUGCGUUCAUCUUCUUGCAUCCAUUCAAGGACAGUUGUGGAGAUCCGGCCGGUCCUUUGAUUACCAAGGUUACAAUGGACAAGGUACUGGCCAAGAAAACGACAUUGGACAAGGAAUUGGAAAAGUUGGACCAGCAACGGCAUGAACAUGCGGCAAGACAUGCCGAAGAAAUCAUUGCAACGUUUGAAAAUUCCCAGCAAGAAGCUCGCGACAGAAAGACGGAAAAGGAAAAGGCCAAAGAAGAAGCGAGGGGCAACGCCAUUGAACGAAAGCGAGAAAACGUCAAGCAGUUCUUGUCCAAGCUGGAGGCCGUCGUGGAUGACAAUGCACCAUGGAAGCAAUUUGCUUUGGAGCAUAAAGAGACAACGGUUUACACUAGCGCCUGCAACACGGUCCAGAUGAAGUGCAGCUUCACCCACGAAGUCGUCAAGGACUGUCUCAAGGCUCCUAGCAAGGCCACAAAGAAAAAGAUCCAAGGCAUGAAACAACAGCUGGAAGAGGGGUUCAAUUUUAUCUGGGAAAACUGUCUACACAACUUUGAAUUCAUGCCAGAAACUAAUGAAUUUGAAAAGACAAUGAAAGCUUACUGUGGCAGAGAAUUUUACGACAUGAUGCACAUCCAAAGUAUCACAGCAUCCGAUGUCGCGAAACUCAAAACGCUACUCCAAAAUGGUUCCGACCCUAUUCCCACAUUGCUCCCGUCACUGCCUCGCUGCGUCGAACGUGCCGUGACAGACAGGCUUUUGGCGACGGUUGUUGCUGAGGGCAUUGCUGAAAGGAAAAAUUCAGUUUUCUUGAGGGCUCAUGCUCUGCAUUUGUGGCGAUCACUCCGCAAGACGACCGAUCUCGCUCCCCACAAUAGGCUCAACGCUUGCUUGAACAAGUUUCCCAAAAUGGCAAAGGAAUGGAUCCAAUUCAAGGAACCCCCCGAUUCCAAGGCUUGUCUGGACGCCCUUUCUCUAUCGGCAUUCUUUCCUCGAAAAGGGUGA